AAAAAAACUAUUCAACAAAAGAUGCCCAUUAGGUUUGAACGUACAUGUCCGUAUUAGUGUUUUUUAAUUUGGUUUUAUACAGGUAGAAAUAACAGUGGUUCCACAUGAAGGUUUCGUGGAGUUUUUCCUAAACUUUAAUAAGUGCCUAAUAUGGGCAUGACAUCUCCGAGCUCGGUCCGGAAACUUGAAGGCAACAUCACAAGUUCGACCCUGAGAGUUGGGACAUAGAAUGGAGGAACAGCAAAGCAGUACGGAUAUUAAUUUUACCCCUGAUCCAGGGGGAGCAAAAGCAACAAAGAAUUCUUCCUAUGACCAAAGCCCUGAGGAAAUUAUCAGUAGACAGAUGAGUGAACAGGGCCGAUUUGCCUAUGCUGCCUUGUGUGGCGUGUCACUGGGACAUUUAUUUACUGGGAAUGAAAACAGUGCAUUCAGGGAACAGUACCUGAAGGGGUUGGUCGGCUGGCUAGACCUUGAUGAAUCUGUGAUGCCCGUCAUGGGGGCCUUCCUGUCAGGCCUGGGUUUUGAGGGCUCUGACACCUUCUUGUCCAUCCUGCGAGCUGAACCACUAAUGGCUACAGGAGCUAUCCCCAUCAUACAGGACUUGGUGUCUUUCUCAGUGAAAGAUGGCCACUAUGAUGCCAGAGCAAGGGUGCUCAUCCGGCACGUUGGCUUUUUGCUCCGAGUGUCUCCACAAGAGCUGGAAGACUUUGAGGAGACGCUUGGUGAGAAGCUGAGGGAAGGAGGAGAGGAGAGCGAGGAGGAGUCAUCCAGGCGACAGAGGAGAGAAAGGGGUCGAAAAUUAAGACGCUAUCUCCUCGUUGGACUAGCAACUGUUGGUGGUGGAACUUUAAUUGGCGUAACUGGUGGGCUGGCAGCCCCCUUAGUGGCAGCAGGGGCCGGCGCUGUGCUGGGGGCUGGUGGGGCUGCUGCUCUGGGGUCGGCUACAGGCAUCGCAAUCAUGGCCUCCCUGUUUGGGGCAGCUGGAGCUGGACUUACCGGUUACAAGAUGAAUAAGUGUGUCGGUGCAAUAGAGGAAUUUGAGUUCUUGCCGCUCAGCUCUGGAAAGCAUCUUCAUCUUACCGUAACAGUGACAGGGUGGCUCUGCACUGGUAAAUACAGCUCGUUCCAGGCUCCUUGGUGCAGCCUGGGAGUGUGUGGGGAGCAGUACUGUUUGGUGUGGGAGUCACGUUUCCUCAGAGAUCUGGGCUCGGCCAUGACCUCUCUUUUAGAUGGGCUGGUCAGCAUGAUGGCUCAGGAAGCCCUGAAGUACACAGUUCUCUCAGGUAUUGUAACUGCUCUGACAUGGCCUGCCUCUUUGCUGGCUGCCGCCAGUGUCAUCGACAAUCCCUGGUGCGUUUGUUUGAACCGCUCGGCUGAGGUGGGGAAACACCUUGCUCAGGUUUUGAGAAGCAGACAGCAGGGGAAGCGGCCAGUCAGUCUGAUAGGUUUCAGUCUCGGAGCUAGAGUUAUCUACUUCUGUCUUCAGGAGCUCGCUAACGAGGAAGGCAGUGAAGGUGUUGUGGAGGAUGUGGUCCUGCUGGGGGCUCCAGUGGAUGGCUCAGAGAAGGCCUGGGAGAGAAUCACCAAGGUGGUGGCUGGAAAAAUAGUCAAUGGAUACUGUAGAGGGGAUUGGCUCCUUGGGUUCUUGUACCGAAGCUCAGCUGCCCAGCUGUGUGUUGCUGGGCUACAACCAAUUAACAUCAAGGAUCGACGUGUUAUUAAUGUAGACCUUUCCUCUGUGGUGAAAGGUCACUUAGACUACAUGCAUCAAAUGGACACCAUCUUGGUGGCAGUGGGAGUUCCCACCAAAGAGGUCCCAGGAUCCUCCUUUGUGCUUCCUCAACCUGUAACUACUACAAAGGGACCAACAGACACUCAUCCCCAAGCUGAAAUAAAGCACCCCUUGCGGGAGACCCAAAGUCCCAUCCUGGAGGAUGAGACUUGUCUGGCAGACAUUGGUGAGGAAUCAACAAGGACUACGGAGAUUGCAGAUGGCUGGGAUGUCCCCGAUAUCUCAGACCUUUUGGAUGCUCUCAAUAGUGAGGAUAACGAGUCUGAAACUCCACCCAGAACAAUGAACAAUAUACCUGUCUGUCAGGGGAGUGCCACUGAUGAUAGACUUGUUUUUAAUGAGAGUGAUGAUGAACAUGUGUCUUGGGGCUGGGAAGAUGCACACUGGACUGCUGAGCACAGCCACACACAAACAGGACCAAAGCUGUAGGGAAUUCUCUCUAGGAUUAGCUCCUUACUAAACAUUUUUAUUAAAUAAGGUAAAAAUUCUACUAGCAUAAAGCCUCUAUUCAUGAGGGAUGACUCAUUUUGCUGUACAACAUUUGAACAAGCUUGUGAAGUACUUGGAACAAUAUUGUGUGGUCAAAUGAGUCAGAGAUUGAGCUAUUUGAAUGCAUAUACAAAAAUGUUAUACAAAAUAACACAUCACCCAAAAAUACCACAGCAGCGGUUACAGUAAUAUGCAAAAGUGUGGGCACCCCUUAUACUUUUUUAGAUUUUCAAUUGUAACUGGUUGUUUGGAACAAAAAUCUUGGUUAAAUACUUUGUAGCAGAUGAACACAGAAAUAUUUGCGAAGUGAAAUGAAGUCUAUGGGAUAAAAACACAGUGCGUAAUAUUAAUAUAAACAAAAAUAGGUUGGUGCAUAAAUCUGGGCACCCUUUUGUUUUUAUUGUUUAGAAAAUGUUUAGUACUAAUUUUUGGAACUCAAAAUUUGUUUGAUAAGCUGACUGUCGCUGACUUACAUACACAGGUGAAGCCAAUCAUGGGAAAACAAGUUGCAAAUUGUUCUCUUUGCAUUAUCUCUGAAGAGUGGAAACAUGGGAGCCUAAAACAACUGUCAAAUGAUCUGAAAGCAAAGAUUAUUCAACAUUAUAGUUUAGGGGAAGGAUACAAAAAGCUGUCGCAGACAUUUCAGCUGUCAGUUUCCACUGUGAGGAACAUAGUGAGGAAAUGGAGGACCACAGGCACAGUUUAAGUUAAAGUCCAGAGUGGCAAGCUAAGUAAAAUCUCAAAUAAGCAGGGGCGAAGGAUGGUGAAGAGUCAAAUUGAACUAGUGCUGCAACGAUUACUCAAUUAAAUCGAAUUAUUCGAUUAGAAAAAGCUUCCAUCUCAAUUUUGCUGCUUCGAUUAAUCGUUUAAUUUCAGUGACGUUGGUUUGUUUUGAAAGUGUUGUACAGUAUUUAGUUUUAUGGAUUUAGGAGGAUACACUGCCCUCUGGUGACAACUCUGAAUAUGACACAACUUGUUUGGCUGAAGAGCAGCUGCUCCCUGGUAAGGCCAACAUAAGGCUGUAAGUUUUUGUCUGAGCGAAUAUGUUUGUUUAUGCAUUUAUAAUUUAGUUAAGAGGUACUGUAUAUCUGGCAGUUUUUGUGGAAAUAUUUGAAUGAUAUGAUGAAAGAAUUAUUUUUUAAAAAGUUAGCAUUUUAUAGCAUUUAAGCUACUGAACAUUUGCUAUUCAAGUUAGGUUAAUUUGAUCUACUAAAUUUACAUAUCAAUUCGACUAAUUAGACAUUUAAACUCCAAAUGUUAAAUCUUUUAUUGUCUUUUUGGUCAUAGUUUUUCAUGUAUUUUUGUUAGAGCUUGACAAAAAAUGACUAACAUGACUUCUGUGGUCUGAUUUGAAGUGGGCUAUUCAUGCUCGUCAGCUAUCAAAACUGACUGAGCUGGAGAUGUUUUGUAAAGAAGAAUGUUCAAAAAUACCUUCAACCCAUACCCAGACCCUCAUUGGAAGCUAUAGGAUACGUUUACAACCGUUAUUUCUGUAAAAGGAAGCUAUACUAAAUAUUGCUAAUGUUUUUUUCUGUAAGGGUGCCUACAUUUAUGCGCCAACCUAUUUUUUCUAUAAACUUCAUUUCUCAAAUAUGACUGUGUUCAUCUGCUAUAGGAUAUAUUUAACUCCCCAAACAGUUAGUGAUUUACAAAGGAAAAUCAUAAAAAAAUAUCAUAUUGCAUACACUGUAAGUUUUGGGGUGCGGGACAUCAUUCUAUGAGGCUGUUUCACAGCAUAUGGAACUGGCAAAGUCAGUAUAAUUGAACGAAAGAUGAAUUGGCAAAUGUACAUGUCAGGAUGAUGAAGAUGAAAGGAGGGUAGACAUUUGAACAAGGCAAUUAUCCCUCAAAUAUAGCCAAGGAAAGUCUUAAAUUGUUUCAAAGAAAGAAAAAACGUUACUAGAAUGGCGCAGCCAGUCACCUGAUAGAAACCCCAUUGAAAAUGAAUAGAAAGAACUAAAGAUCAAAGUAUAUCGAAGAGGCCCUUGAACAUUCAAGAUUUCAAGACAUUUCGUACGGGUCAAAAUCAAAACUGACCAUGGCAUGCAAUUAGUUUCAUCAUGCAGGAGGAACCUUGAAGCUGUCAUUACCAGCAAAUAUAUAUAAAUUUUUUUACAUACAGUAGUACCGCUAAUUUCAGACUAUAAGCCGCUACUUUUUUCCUUCCUUUUGAAUCCUUUGGUUUAUAGUCCAGUGUGGUUUUUUUGUUGAUUUAUUUGGAUUAAUAGGUAACAUUUUAUAUGACAGCGGCCUCAUAAGACUGUCAUGAGACCGUCAUAAUUUUGACAUGACAUUAUCAAGAGCAUUACUGAAUGUUUAUAGCAGAUGUCAUUAAGAGUCAUCCGGCAAAUUAUGUCACUAACUUCAUUUAUGUCCAGCUCGGAUCUUUUACCUGCAUUCAGAAGUGUAAUAAUUUGCCAGAUAGUUUUAAUAUAUAAUUAUAAUUAUGAUUAAUGACAGUCUUAUGGCGCCACUGUCAAAUAAUGUGUUAUCAAUUACCAUAACUAGCAAUUAAUGAAACAACUAAAACAGUAAGUGAAGAAAUAAUUAGCACAGAACAUGAAUUUUGAUUGUUAUUUACAUCUGUAGCGCUGCAAUGCAUGCUUGGAGGCAUGUUGGACAACAACAGUGUUGACAGCAGGUGGCAGCAGAGGUUGACUGUUUCCCCCAAGGGAGCAGUGAUGGCCAAACGAAGCUUUGCAGUCAAUUGGUUCAAAGCUUCACGGUGGUUCAUGCCUGGUGUGCCUUAUUGUGCGAAAAUUACGGUACUAAAUACAUUUCAGUAUGUGUGCUUGUUCAUUCAGUGCCUACAAGACUUGCUGAUGUCUUCAUAGUACAAGUCAAGCAAGCAUUGUAUAAAACAGUUAUGUUGAAAUUGUAAAUACUGUUCUUCUAAGAAUUGAGAUGUAGACUAAAAUCUUACUUUCCAAGGAGGGUGUACGCAAUAAUGAUAGGGUUUAGCUGCAGUAUUUAUUAAGGAUUUUGCGUAGGUUUUUGGGCUGUGGAACAAAUUAAUCGAAUUAUAAUGUAUUGUUAUCGAAAAAUCCCGCUCGACAUACGACCAUUUCGACUUACAAACCAGGUCCUGGAAUGUACUGUAUACAGGUUUAGUUCACAUAGAAAAAGAUUCACUUUUGAAUUGUCACAACUGGACUAAACCCAAGAGCGUAGGUUUGGUCUCAACAUUGGUAUGGACGAUAUAACACCAUAACCUCUAUGUACAGUUUUUGAUGGGGACGGGACAUUAAUAAGACCAAACAGAUUAUUCAAUUGUGGUCAGGACUACAUUUCCCACGAAUAUAAACCUAAUUAAUUGACAACCUAAAUGAUCAAUUCAAAAUAAAUCUGUAUUGACUAAUACUCGCUUUCAUGUGUAUUGGUUCAGGUGAUAGAACGUUCAAUUCAAACCUUUGUUUUCCAAAACUACUAAAGAAACAUUUUGAAGUGCAAGUCCCUUUGUUUAAAAAACAGGGAGCUAUCCAAGAAUGGGUCCACUACUGAGGGACACUGGAGCACACCGAGACUCAAACUAAAGUAUUGUAUUAUAAAAGGGAUUUGUGAAAAAAAUUGUGAAAAAAAUUUGAGACAACCAAUGACCGAUUUACAUCUAGUCAUACUAGACUACCCCAAGACAUGUCAGUUCAUGUUUAUGUCAGUUUCCCCCUGAAGUGGACCCAUUCUUGGAUAGCUCCCCAUUUUUUUUAAACAAAGGGACUUGUACUCUGAAGCCACAGCGUUACUUUACCGUAAUGCAAACAAUGAUCCAAAUGAGGGACGGCUCGCUUGACUUUGUUGUUCCUUGUGGAGGCUGGCCUGACCGCAGCAGUUUUGUAGGUUAGCAAGUUCACACAGUUUAAUGAAAUGCUAACUCUGCUGCAGGUCGAACUUUCAGGAGCAAAUUUAGUGGUGCUUCCCCCACCUUCACAACAUUGACUGCUUUUUACAUUCCUUCCAACUUCUAAUAUCCCUCCUCUUCGAAUGGGGCGGUGGAGGCAGCAUGUUGUCGACAUGAAUCUGUCAGGGCUGUGGGUGUGUUUGUGUAAUUCAUAAUGCAAAUAAGGUUGCUUAAAGGGUCCCACGGAUAGAAAGAUAAAUGUUAGUACGAGGCAUAAUAAUUUGAUAUUAAAACCCCUCUUAAUGUUUUCGUUUUAAUAAAAUUUGUAAAACUUUAAAUAAAAAAAUAAACUAGUAGCUCGCCAUUGUUGUUGACAUCGCAGGGCGGUGACGUCACAUAGCCACUCUGCCGUACUUCACAGUGUCAUUCUUUAACGAUGUAAGGUAGUGAUGUAAAUACACCACAAGGUGUCAAUGGCGAGUUUUAAAUUAAUAAGAGAUCAAACCAAUGAGUGCGUUUUGUCCCUCGACUGACGCUGUAUUUUUCCUGUUUAAUGCGGGUCCAUCGUGAUUUACUUUCAUUUGAGUGUUGUCUUCACAACAAACAAGACUCCUGAUCAUGGCUCCCAGCAUGAUAGUUGGUAUAUUGUGACUAAAUAUUGCCAUCCAGUGUAUUUGCUGAGCUAAACGAGUUGCUAAAAUGUUUAAAUAGAGUUUGACCAUAAGUUUUAUGUGUAUUUUGCAUAUUUAUUUUGAUUGUAAAUUUAUGAUCCAAUUCUCUUUGCAUUGUUGUUUAAUUGUGUGAGAAUAGGGCUUCUUUAAUACAGAUUGUAACACUUUUUGUUUACAUUAUUUUUUUGAGCGAUAUGAAUAUUAUUUUUGUUGUAUUUUCACUAUAUGGUACUUAUGUUUGUUGUGAAGGAGUUGCCACUCCUUUCUCCCUUUCUCUCUGCCUUACACCCCACUGUUGUUUAAAGGAAAACUACGGCGUCAGUCAAGGAACAAAACCGCUCAUUGGCUUGAUCUCUAAUUAAUUUAAAACUUACCAUUGACAUCUUGUGGCAUAUUUAAAUCACUACCAUACAAAAUUAAAGAGUGACACGUUGUUUUGUUUUGUGUUUUUUUAAAGAGUGACGCGCGGAAUAGCAUAGCACGAAUGCCAUUUUUAGACCGCAAGGCUCCGUGACGUCACCAUCGUACACCGGAAGGGGGUCAACAUAUCAGCGCGCACGCAUACAACCAAUGCUAUUACUUCUUGUUUUUUGCCGGUAAUCUUUCAAAAAAGAGCACGCCGAUUAAACACUGCUACUAUGGAACUUGUAGAAAAGACUUUAGACAUUACAACCGUCCACAUAUGAAGGAUGUUUUUUUCAUACGUUUCCCAAAGCCAAAAACUCGGAGGGAAAAAAUGUGAACAAUGGAUAAAUUAGUGCGGACGUCCAAAAGACCAUUUUAACGCCAGCAAGGUGAAGCUACUCACCUUCAUAUGCAUUUGUAUUGUAAGCCUGUUCAUGCCUACAGGUAGGCUCUAGAUUUAACAGCUUUACCUUUUGGAAACCUGUUGGAAAGAAACAACAAUGCCACUUCUAAAAUGAGUAAAAAAUGAUUCUAAAUGAGAUAAGAUUUGCUUAUAACAAAUAAGAAAAUUCUGCCAAUGGAACAAACAAUUUUUGUCUUGGUGGGAAUUCUAAAAAUGAGAUAUCCAUUUAGGAUAACGUAGUAAAAUAUAACUAGUUUCAAGAUCUUGUUGAACUAGUAAAAUAUAACUAGUUUCAAGAUCUCAUUCAUCCUGAAUAGAUGUCCUAUUUUAAGAACUCUUACCAAGACAAAAAUUGCUUAUCCAUUAGCAGAAUUUUCUUGUUAUGAGCAAAUUUCCAGUGGGGGCAGUGUAAAUAAAUUAAUAGAAUUACGAUUUGGUAUUAAUGAAAAAAUUAAAGUUGUUCGUCGGCUGUCACAGAGUAGCAUUUGCGAUCGCUACACAAAAAUAGCAAUUUAAAUGACCCCCAAGAACGGUCAGAGACGGAAGACAAACAGAGGAUAUGAUAUAUAAGAAAGCCAGGGCAUAUGGGGGUGAAGGAUAGCUUGUUGAAACAGGAGAAUGUCAUUGUCAGUGGCAUAAGGCAAUGCACACAAGAAAAAGGUCAAUAAAAAAAAAAAAACUACCUAUGGAUCAGGUUGGCUCUUUUUCCCGUCUUUUUCAGCCCUCAACACUCAAGCCACCUCUUUAACUGAAAAUAUGUAUGUUCUUUCACAUCUUUACCAGUGAAUUUGGCACCAAGAACAUCAUUUUCGGACAGAAUUGGUAGGUUUAGCUCAAGAAACAUCUUGCUUGUACACUAAUUACAUGCAUCUAGCAUGAGGGACAAACGUGAGCCCUAGCAACAGUUGCUAACAUCAUGAAUAUUAAUGAGCACAAGUGACGUGUUGCGUGCGGUCCGCUAUUCCGGCAGGGUGGCCCUGUGAUGUCACCGCCCUGCUACGUCAACAACAAUGGCGACCUACAAGUUACAAUAAUUUUACAAAUUUUAUUGAAACAAAAGUAUUCAGGGGUUUUUUAAUAUCAAAUUAUUAUAAUUUGUACUAAGAUUUAUCUUUUAAGAACUACAUGUCCUUAUAUCCGUGGUUCCCUUCAAAAGUUGGUGUGGACAAUUUCAGCAUCCUGAGAAGUUGGUAAUGUUAUGUCCCUAUGCAAACCUUUGCGCUUGACUAAACCCUCUUCCCAAAAAUGUCUGUUAGUUCAAGUAUCCAACUCAUUGUUACUCAUUGAGACCUUGCGUGACUACCUGAUUAGGGAGAAGAAUAGGCAGUUCAAUUUCAGCAUGCUCGGCAUCCAGCAAAUUCACAGCAUCGGUGGCGGUGGCAGGUGGAGGUGUUGUGUCUGAAGCCUGAGGGGAUGGGGGAUCGCUGCAGAUGUUGGGUUCUACUGAGUUGCGGAGGGACAGGGACAGUGCCGGCGAGAGUUGUCUUGGCACCCGUGAGGAGGAACAGGGAAAGAUUUUCCCAAGUGCUCGCUUGAAGUCCCUCAUGAAGAGCGGGUAGAUGAUGGGAUUCAUGGUGCUGUUGCAGUAGCCCAGCCAUGUAAUAGCAUCGAAGAGUGCCAGGGGGACACAGUCGCACACUGCCUGAAUGAACAAAGUGAAAUUCACUGCACCUGUACUAUAGGUUCAGUACUAUUUUCCUUUUAGAUUCAAAAACAUAUGAGGUUGGCAUAUUACAGUAUUUAAAACCAAUAAAAACAAUAAGAUGAUUUACAAAUCAUUUCCUACCUCUGAUAACUAACUCUACUACAAAGAUGAGAAAGUUAAUUCCAACUGAUGAGUGUUGUAAAGCCCAAAUAAUGAUCAUUAGUUUUAACAGUAAGUAUUUUGUCUUUGUAAAUGUUUCAAUUAAAUGUAAGAUGAAAAGGAUUUGCAAAUCAUCCUAUUCUAUUUUCAUAAGUUUUACACACUGCUACAACUUUAUUGAAAUUGUAGAUUGUAACAUUUGUGAUACUUUGGUAUGUCUAUUAAAUCGUUAAUUUGUCACUGGGUUGGCCACCUUGUCUGAAUUGGAACUGUACUUCACAAGGUGAUUAAAUUUCACAGCCUGGAAACCAUUUUCUCAAAAAUAUUUAACACUCCCUCCUGUUAUGGUGACAGGUCAAAUUGACCCGUUUUAAAUUUUACCACAAUUCUAAAGGGAAAUUUAUAUAUUUUUUUCAUUUGGAUGUUUACUCACAGAGGUCUUAAUGACCUGUUUUUUUCCCAAUUUCAAAUUGUCUAAUUUUUUAAUGAAACAUUUAACAUAUUUUGCAAUGAAAUUAUCAGUUGGGUUAUUUUAUGAGGAAAUUUAGUUUUAGAGGUGAAAUUAUCCCAUCUUUUUGUAAAAAAAAAAAAAAAGAUUCUUUUUAUUUUGUAUUAGUAUUUUGGGGGUAUUAAACAUGUUUUACUUAACUUAAUAAAGGUUAGUGCUUACCAUUAGAUUAAAGUAUUAAAAAUUCAGUAUCUGACACGUUCAACUCUCAUUGUCAUUGACGGCGAUAGACGUCCAAUCCAUUUUGACUCAGAGGGACACAGUGCUACGGGAAGUGGGGUGCUGAUGGUGCUGCAGCGCCCCCUGUUAUGGAGGGGAAAAAUGUGUUUUGAUAGAUUCCUUUUGGUUGUUGUUAAAAAAAUAAAUCAAUAAAUAAAACAUUUUGAAACAAUAGCGUAUUUAACUUUGGGGAGUAAAUAUAUAUGUUGAAAAAGGUUUUUGUUGUUAAUAACAUGGUCACCACCUGACAGCUUGCUUGCUACCAGGUCAAGUUGGAUAAGGUGCUAUUGGAACGGAAAAGUUAACUGUUGACAGAGGAGGUGUGAACAUGGCGCAAAAACGAAUUAGGGUUUUUUUCUUGACAAAAACAGCAAAACUUUCUAAAAUUCAAUCUGAGGUUGAAAAUGAUGACUUAGUCGUGGAGAACUUCAAAUAGUUUGCAUUGUAGCCAUAUUAUUGUUUGUUGUUGCUGUUGAGCUUGAGAUAUUCGUGUGCAAUUUAUUUGAGUGUUGUGAAAAGUGGCUAUUAAACCGAAGCUUAUUGGAUCUUUUAAUUUUCGACUGUGUUUGUGUGUCCUUGCGCCAUCUAGCUACGGGGAUUUGCAUUAUAAUACACGGGCGCUUUUAUUUCCAAUACAAAAACUCCAACACACACUGUAGGUGAAAUAGAACGCUGUUUUUGUUGUAGCCGAAUACUGUAUGUAAACUAUCCAGCAUACGUGUGAAAAUCCUCAUUUCUAACCUUGUCAACGUCUUGACUAUAUGUUCUGUUCAUUUUGCAGCUCAUUUAAAAAGUAAAAGUAGGACUUUUCAAGGAAAACACAAAAUUGUCUGGGUGACCCAAAACUUUUGAACUGUAGUGUAUAUGAAUGGCGUAAAACACAAACAAGGCUGAAAAAGCAGUUUCUUCUCUUCCAACCCUCUUUAAAAUAAACUGCUGUAUUUAAGCCAAAAGAACUGCUGUGUUUGAUAGAACAACAUGUCUAUAUGCUGCCAUAGCAGUUUCAUGACGCAUUAAG